CGCGCGCUUCCGCCACCCCGCGCCGCUGCCGCCGCCGCCGCGCUCGCUGGCUGGCCGGGUGUGGGCGCCGGACUCCCGCUGCCGAAGAGGACCAGCAGCGCCGCCGCCACCCCUUCGGCCCGGGCCCGGGCCCCGGCCCCGCCCCGGGCCCCGGCCCCAGCCCCUUGCCCGGCCGGGCGAUGAAGUGUCACUACGAAGCGCUGGGGGUGCGGCGCGACGCCAGCGAGGAGGAGCUCAAGAAGGCCUAUCGGAAGCUGGCCCUGAAAUGGCACCCGGAUAAAAAUCUGGAUAAUGCCGCAGAAGCAGCUGAACAAUUUAAAUUAAUCCAAGCAGCGUAUGACGUGUUGAGUGACCCUCAGGAAAGAGCAUGGUAUGAUAAUCAUAGAGAGGCUCUCCUUAAAGGUGGGCUUGAUGGGGAAUAUCAGGACGACAGCUUAGAUUUGCUUCACUACUUCACUGUGACCUGUUACUCUGGUUAUGGAGAUGAUGAGAAGGGCUUUUAUACAGUUUAUCGUAAUGUUUUUGAGAUGAUUGCGAAGGAGGAGCUAGAAUCUGUGUUAGAAGAGGAGAUGGAGGAUUUCCCCACUUUUGGAGACUCCCAGAGUGACUAUGAUACGGUCGUCCAUCCUUUCUAUGCCUAUUGGCAGAGUUUCUGCACUCAGAAGAACUUUGCAUGGAAGGAAGAAUAUGAUACGCGACAAGCUUCAAACCGCUGGGAGAAACGAGCCAUGGAAAAAGAAAACAAAAAGAUUCGCGACAAAGCAAGGAAGGAGAAGAACGAGCUGGUGCGCCAGCUGGUUGCGUUCAUCCGCAAGAGAGAUAGGAGAGUGCAGGCGCACCGGAAGCUGGUGGAGGAGCAGAACGCCGAGAAGGCCAGGAAGGCGGAGGAGAUGAGGCGGCAGCAGAAGCUGAAGCAGGCCAAACUGGCCGAGCAGUACAAAGAACAGAGCUGGAUGACCAUGGCCGACCUGGAGAAGGAGCUCAAGGAGAUGGAGGCGCGCUACGAGAAGGAGUUUGGAGAUGGAUCAGAUGAAGAUGAGAUGGAGGAAUCUGAUCUCAAAGAUGGGCAUGAUGGUAGAGACAGUGAUGAAGCUGAGGAUGCUGAGCUGUACGACGGCCUUUACUGCCCAGCGUGCGACAAAUCUUUCAAGACAGAAAAGGCCAUGAGGAAUCAUGAAAAAUCAAAAAAGCAUCGGGAAAUGGUUGCCUUGUUAAAACAACAGCUGGAGGAGGAGGAAGAAAAUUUUUCAGGACCUCAAACUGAUGAAAAUCCAUUGAAUGCCAAUUCUGAGGAAGAAAUAGAAGAUGCACCAAAACAAAAGCUUUCUAAAAAACAGAAAAAAAAGAAACAGAAACCAGCACAGAAGUAUGAUAGUAAUUUCAAUGAAAAUGGAACUGGAGAAGAAGUAAAGGUUGAAUCAGAAGAUACCAACUUAAAUCAAGACCGUGCCAAAGAAUUAGAUGGGAGUCUCCAAGAAAGUAUCAGUGUCACUGAGACUGUCGAAUUCUGUGAUGAUCCAAAAAGUGAAGCUAAGAAUGCUCCUAAACCCAAAGGGAAGAAAGCCAAAGACAUGAAAAAAUCUGUCAAAGUACCUGCUGAACCACAGACAGUGAGUGAUGUUCUUAUCAGCUGUGCAACCUGCCAUAGUGAAUUUCCAUCCCGGAAUAAACUUUUUGACCAUCUGAAAGCCACAGGUCAUGCAAGAGCACCUGCAUCGUGUUCUUUAAACAGUGUAACAAGUAGUCGAAGCAAGAAAGAGAAACGUAAAAACAGAUAGAAAUCCUGCCAACGUUUUUUUCUUUUUGAUUGUCUCUAGAUUUUGAAACCAAUAACUGAACUGAAGUCAUCUAAAGAGUUAAAAUUUCGGUGAUCUGCAAUUUAUUGCAUUGUGGAAGAUUAUUUUUUAUCUUGUAAAAACAUUUUUUUUGUUUAAUAUAUAUUUUUUAAACAUUUCAUUAGUGAUUGAAUUCUACUUUGCCAUCUGGAUUGACUUGAAUGUUUCAAAACAGGUACAUAUUGUAAAGUAUGCGUUUUUGACUUCUGUUGGCUCACAUGGACAGAAAUGUACAGGGAGAAUUAAAUUAUUUUAACACAUA